AAAGUGCAUGUGCUGUGUGUGUAUGCUAUUCCCAUAAUUACAUUGCUAUUGUACUUCUGCUCUUUGCUUCUAGGCAAUACUGCUGCACAAUGGCCUCCAUCGGUCCAGUGAGCACAGAAGUUUGCUGUGACAUAUUCAGGGAGCUGAGAAGCCAGAGUGUCCAGGAGAAUGUCUGCUACUCCCCUCUGCUCAUCAUUUCAACCCUCUCCAUGGUCUACAUAGGUGCAAAAGAGAACACCAAGGCUCAGAUAGAAAAGGCUAUCCACUUUGAUAAAAUCCCAGGAUUUGGAGAGAGUACUGAAUCUCAGUGUGGCACAUCUGCAAGCAUCUACACUUCACUUAAGGACAUCGUCAGCCAAAUCACCAAACCAAGUGACAAUUAUUCGAUCAGCAUCGCCAGCAGACUUUAUGCUGAAGAGAAAUACCCAAUUCUGCCGGAAUACAUUCAAUGUGUGAAGGAACUGUAUAAGGGAGGUUUGGAAUCUAUCAGCUUUCAAACAGCUGCAGAAAAAUCCAGAGAGCUCAUAAAUUCCUGGGUUGAAAGUCAGACAAAUGGGUCUAUCAAAAAUAUCCUUCAACCAAGCUCUGUGAGUUCACAAACUGACAUGGUCCUGGUCAGUGCCAUCUACUUCAAGGGAUUGUGGGAGAAAGCAUUUAAGGAAGAAGAUACCCAGACAGCUCCUUUCAGAAUUUCUGAGCAAGAAAGCAAACCUGUGCAGAUGAUGUCUCAGACUGGUACAUUUAAAGUGGCAGAGAUCCCUUCUGAGAAAUGCAGAAUCCUGGAGCUUCCAUAUGCCAGUGGGCGGCUGAGCCUGUGGGUGCUGUUGCCUGAUGACAUCUCCGGCCUGGAGCAGCUUGAGACUGCAAUCACCGUUGAAAAUCUCAAGGAGUGGACCAGUUCUAGAAAGAUGGAAGAGAGGAAGAUUAAAGUUUAUCUCCCCCGCAUGAGGAUUGAGGAGAAAUAUAACCUCACAUCUGUCUUAAAAUCCUUGGGUAUCACCGACCUGUUCAGCUCAUCAGCCAAUCUCUCUGGCAUCUCUUCAGCACAGAGCCUGAAGGUGUCUGGAGCAUUCCAUGAGGCAUUUGUGGAGAUCUCUGAAGCAGGCAGUAAGGUGGUACGCUCAUCAGGAGCUGGGGUAGAUGACACAAGUGUCUCUGAAGAGAUUAGAGCUGACCACCCGUUCCUCUUCUGGAUCAAGCACAACCCAAGUGACAGCAUCUUGUUCUUUGGCAGAUGCUUUUCCCCUUAAAUAGAGGAAAGCUGAAAGAGUUUCUGUCCCUCACAGCAAGAUCCAAAGUGCUGCAGUAUCAAGGGUAAAAAGAAACACAAACUUUCACUUUUAUCUAUAUUUUCUAAAACCAGAAUGCUUGAUUAAGAAAAAAAAAAGUUAAGGCAGAGAAAUUUUAAAUUUUGCCUGGAAAGCAGAGGCCCUUUGCCUUUCCUUUGUGCUAAGUAUUAUUAUUUACUCAUAGAUGAAGAGUUAAAGGAAUGAAAAUCUGACCCAAAGAAAACAUGAGCAUUAACAGAGAUGUUCAUGGUGCAAUUUAACAAUAAUAGUGCUGAAUCAUCACACUGAAAAAACACAUCAUCUUUUUUGGGAAAAAAAUGCAGUCUUCUAACUGAGCCAGGUUUCUCUACAGACAAAUUUCAUGGUGACUCCCCUGGAAUAAGUCACUCAAAAUUUUGUAAAUUAAACUCUAAACUACUACCAAUCAUACCUACUCUGACAAAGCAAUUGGUUUUUAUUUCUACCCCUGAUACUGCACAGCUCUUCCUCCCUUUCUAAGAAUGCAUUAUAGAAAUUUUGUAAUUAAUAUUUCUUCUUAAGCCUUUUUAGAUCAAUCCUCAUGACCAAGUGUGGUGGUUUUGCAGAUUGCUGUUUAGAUUUUCUCCAUGUAUCCUAUCC